GGGGCAUCUGGAGCCAGAGUCGGCAUCCUAGGUCCUGCAGCUUCUGUAUCCGUGUUGAGGCAACGUGAAAAAGGCGGAUCGACUAGGCUGUUGUGUCAAGGCUCGUCAUGGGUCUCACAAUCAGUCCAAAAGAAGUUGGGUGUCAGUACCGUAUAACAUAACUGAAGCCAGACUCCGCGUCGUAGGCAUUGUCCGAAGUCGUAGGUAAUUUGAAUUUUCUUCGGAAUAGCCUGUCCGUGCAGGGGCUGAGAGAAGCCCAGAAAAGAUGCGUUCCUCUGCGUCUACACCUGGAAAGUGCAAAGUGUCUCAGUUCGACAAACCGCGCAUCCUCGACUUUUUCUCGUUUCUUGUUUCCUUUCUCGGACUGUCUCUCUCCCCCGGACUGCGGUGUCUGCGCGGCGUAUCGAACGCCUUCUGGUUCGCGAGCCAACACUGUUUCCCGGUUUCUCUCUUUUCCUUUCUUUGUAAGCGACGCCGUGGCUUCGCCUCCGUUCGCUCCGACAACGUGCGACCUCGUCGAGUCGGCCUGUGGAUCUGCGUUAGCGUCUUUCUCCUCUCGCUGCCGACAUUGUCUCUCUCUUUGCCUUUGAGUUCUCUCGCUAGACCCAUCCGACAGACAGCAACGCAGCGUUCGGUCGCGUCGCCUGCGUUUGCCUCCUUCGCAGCUCCCGCCUCACGCUGUUCGCAGUUCUCAGCUGCAGCGUCUCGACCUCUUAGACAGACUGCUCUCGCUUCUUCUUCCUCCACUGCUUCUUCUGCCUCCAUUCAUUUCGGAGUUUUCUUCAACCGAAUGCCUCCAUAUGCAGUGGUGGGCGCGAACGUGUCGCCUCGAGUCGCCUUAUAUUCCGUCGCCUCCAGUUCAAGUCAAACUGCAGUGGACUGUCCUCACUUGCAUGCGCCGCGAGCACUUCCGGCCGUUGCUCGGCCGCUGCAUCCUCGCCUGACGGCGUUUGCAUUCCGAGUCGCUUCUUCCUGCUCCUGCCGACGCCACGCAUCUGGCCCAGUGGUAGACGCCUCGAGGGUCCAUUUUUCUCCCUGCAUUCACCAACUUUCAUGGCUUCCUUCCUGUAAUAAUUCGACCAUUGACCUCUGUCGCGAAGUCGAGUGUCCGCGCGUCCUGCGUUCCACGUCCAAGCCUUCUUCUUCCCUCACUUGCGCAGUUUCAUCCUCUCCUUUCCCUUGUUUCUCCUGUGCCUCCGGCCGGUCCUUCGCAGCUCUCUCUGCAGCUGCUGGCUCCUCCGUCUUGCCUGCCGUCUGUCCUCUCUCUUCUCCCUCUUCACUUUGUUCUCUCUCUUCUUCCUCCUCCUCUUUGUCUCUUUCUGCUGCGCUCUCGACCACGGCACAGCCCAUCCGCGUCCUGUUCAUCGGGAGCCCAGCCGUCGCGCUUUCUGCGUUGGAGGUGCUCCUGGAGGCCUCUCUGAAUGGUUCGUCGCACGCGUCUCCGCCUUGGCUUUUCUCUGCCGCGCCGAGUGGACGGGAACUGUUCGCAGGAGCGAAACAGCACGGCGCCUCUGUUGCGCAUGGAUCCGAAUCCAAGGACAAAGGCAAGAGAGAGAAGAAAAACCUGUUGGGUCUGCCUGGUGGAUUCGUCGUCUCCGCCGUUCUUUGUCGGCCUCCCUCUCGACAGGGCCGAGGCAGAAAGACCCUCGCGCCAUGUCCAGUCCAGGCGUUUGCCGAGUCGCUGUCUCCACCUCUCUCCCUCUUCGUUUCUUCGGACCUCUCCUCGCCUUCUCUGUUGGCUGCGCUCGAGGACCUCUGUCUCGACGUCGCAGUCUGUGCAGCUUUCGCUUCGAAACUCCCAGAUUCUCUUCUUCGCCUUCCUCGGUAUGGAACAGUCUUGAUUCAUCCUUCCUUGCUUCCUCAGUACCGAGGAGCCGCUCCGGUGCGUCGGGCUCUGAUGAAUGGAGAGACCCGCGUGGGCGUGUCUCUUCUUCGUCCUUCUUCUCGUUUCGAUGAUGGCGCUGUUCUUCAUCAAAGUUGCCUGGACCUCUCAGGCGACGAGCAUGCAGAGGAGAUCGAGGAGCAACUGUUUCAGCGGGGUACUGAGGCUCUUUUAACUGCCUCUCUCUGGGCAGGCAAUCGGAAAGGAGGCGGUCCCGGCGUCCCGCAAGAUGCGAACAAGGCGACUGUGGCGCGAAAAAUCAGGCCAGAGGACCGGCGAAUUUCCUUCGCAGAAAUGUCGGCCACGAAGAUUCACAACACCGUUCGCGCGCUCGCCUCGCACGGCAGCGGCGUGUGGACAGAGCUCGAGAUUUGUUUUCAGUCCGCUUCGUCUUGGCAAGACGAAGCGACUGAAAGGCCGAGGAAAGCAGAGACAUGGAAACAGGCAGGUGACUGUUCUGCGGCGAGUCCAAGAGGCGCUGGCGCAGAGCGGACACUGAAGGUCAAACUCCUUCGUACACGUCUUGGCGCCGUAGUUCCAGGAGAGCACGCUGACACAGAGGCGUCGAACGCGCUCGAAUCAGAGGAAGCAGCUAACUGUCAUCCCACGCAGCGAAUUUCCCCGGCCGUACACACCGCUCUGUGUGAGGCUCCAAAGCAGCGGGACUGGAGUUCGAUAGCCCAGGAACGGAACGCAUCUGUAAGAAAGAGCCAAAGGUCGCCGACCCUCCCGCCGCAACGCCAGACAGUAUCUCGAGUUUUCCUCGAUGCUUCGGGAGCUUUACGCUUUGUCUGCGGCGACGGAAGUGUGCUUCUCGUGGAAAAACUCCAAAGAGAGAGUCGCGGUCCUCUCAGCGGAGCCGAAUUUUGGAAUGGUCUUAUGGGCUUUUGCCAGAAACGUCGACGAAGCAGUGGUGAAAAGAGCGACGCCUCUGAGUGUGUGUUUGCCGGAGAAGAGUCGGAAUACGAGCGGAGAAAAGAUCAGCUUCGAUCGUGUCGACCGAAGCGAGAACAGACUUUUUGUUUGCGCUGGAUAAACUGAGUGCAGGCUGGUAAAAUGAGAUGAGAAAGAUUAGAAAUGCAUUUCGUGGAAGCAUGCUUUUUCUGGAACAGAGACAGGUUACUCUUUCUCGUAUUACCCGAGGAAUUAAUGGGGAAACGGGAAAGAUCGAGUUCCGCGGCUCAUUGUCGACCCGAGCGGUCGUAUCUGCUUUUCUACCUGUACAGACUGCCAUACGUAAACGUUACGUGUAUAAGCACCUUUGUUCCGA